AUGUCUAAAAGAAAAAAGGCUGCCGCGUUGAUUGACUCUGACAGUGACGAAAGUGGCAGCGGCGGGGAAGAUUUAGACGAGGGCCUCCGUGCAUUGGUGAAACGAAGACGAGCUAGCUCAGACUCACAGUCCGAAUCAAAGACAAGCAAAAGCAAGCCUGCUGCCAAAAGUGAUUCAGACUCUGAGACAUCAAACAGUGACGAUGACUGGACAGUCAACGGCAAAGGUGGCGCAAAGAAGAAAAAGAAAACGGCCAAACCACAGAAGAAAGCUACAGCCAUAUCUUCAGACAGUGAGGCGGAAGAUGAAGAACAAAAGUCAGCUUCAGAACCUGAAGAAGGUGAGGUGUCAGAUUCAGGCAGCGACGACUCCGACUCAGAUGAAGACAAGUUUCACGAUGGUUAUGAUGAAAACCUCAUCGGCGAUGAUGAGGAUAAGAAGAGGCUGGAGGCCAUGACAGAAAAAGAAAGAGAACAGGAGCUGUUUAAUCGUAUGGAACGUCGAGCAGCUUUGAAAAAAAGGUUUGAAAUACAAAAGAAACUAAAGAAGGCCAAGAAGGAACAGAAGAAAUCUAAGUCAGUCAAUGAGCAGAUGCUGCCAACAAUCAGUGAGAGAAGCAAGGAACGAAGAAAACACAUUGAACAACGAAAAGAUAACAAAAAGACCUCAGCUUUUCAGGAUCUAAAGGCCAAAAGAGAGGAACAGAAGAAGAAAG